UGGUGCUGAUAUCUCUAUAAUUUCGAGAGAACAAUGGCGGAAAAUCGGCGAGCCGCCAUUGCGCCCACCAUCUGUGAAGGCAAAGACGGCGUCGGGCAGCAAAUUGCGAAUUAUAGGUGAAUUUUGUGCACAGUUAACUUUGAAGCAACAAACGAAAAAUUGUGUAGUGCGAGUCACUGAGGAACAAUUAAUGUUGCUAGGUGCAGAUAUGAUGGAUGUUUUCGGGUUGUGGAAUGUACCGCUGGCGACGGUGUGUAAUAGUGUGUGUGUAGCAACGCAAAGCAUGGAUGAUGUUAAGAAGGAGUUCAAAGGACUAUUUCCCAUGAUUUGGGACACUGCACGAAGGCAAAAGUGAGAAUGGAGUUGAAGAAAGAUGCUGUUCCCGUGUUUCGUCCGAAACGACCCGUGUCGUACGCGAUGCGUCCGGCAAUAGACGAGGAGUUAGAUCGACUGGAAAAAGAAAGCAUCAUAACCCGCGUUAAUUUUUCAGCUUGGGCAGCGCCUAUAGUAGUAGUGCGCAAGGCUAAUGGGAGUAUACGCAUUUGCGGAGACUACUCCACAGGGUUAAAUAAUGCUCUCCAGCCUCACCAGUAUCCGAUUCCACUGCCGGAAGAGAUAUUCUCGUCGUUGGCGAAUUCAACGAUGUUUAGCCAAAUCGACCUCACCGAUGCGUUUCUGCAGGUUGAAGUGGAACAAGAGUGCAGAGAGCUGCUAACAGUAAACACACAUCGAGGAUUGUAUGCUUACAAUCGACUGCCGCCGGGGGUGAAGGUUGCACCAGGUGCCUUCCAGCAAUUAAUGGAGACCAUGCUGGCUGGAAUAAAGGAUGUUGCGGUGUACCUAGAUGACAUAGUGAUCGGCGGAGCUGAUGAACACACCCAUAUGAUGAACCUCCGAGCGGUACUAGCGAAGCUGCGGGAUUACGGAUUUAAAAUCAGACCAGAGAAGUGUAACUUUAUGCAAAAACAGAUUAAAUAUCUUGGUCACAUUUUAGAUCGUGAAGGACAUCGACCGGAUCCCGCCAAGAUAGAAGCAAUCGUGAACAUGCCCACACCGAAGAAUCCAUCCGAGGAUGCGUGCCUGGGUCAGGGACAGUGGUUGUUCUCGCCUAGCAGCUUAGCCGUAUAG